AUGGAGGUCAAUAAGUGUAGGAGGCUCUUACUGGUCAUCUAUGUUACCCUUGUUGUAUUUACAAUGGCAUUAUUACCUACAUCCCGAUCAGCCAUCACUUUUGGAAAUCAAACGGAUAGACUUUCUUUAGUUGCAUUCAAAGAAAGAGUUACAGGUGAUCCGUUCGGGACGCUAAGCUCAUGGAACGACUCUUUUCAUCAUUGUAGUUGGAUUGGAAUUACGUGUAGUCGUCGUCAUCCAGGUAGAGUCACCGUCCUGAAUCUAGUUUCACAGAGUUUGGUAGGUUCUAUAUCUCCGGAUAUAGGAAACCUUACCUUUUUAAAACUUUUUGCUCUGAGUAAUAAUAGCUUCAAUGGAAAAAUUCCACAAGAAAUUGGCCAUUUGCGCCGACUUCGGUUUAUUUUUUCGUCAAAUAACUCUCUAACCGGAGAAAUCCCAAACAAUCUAACAUCUUGUACUGAACUUAGAGUUUUCUUCGCGGAGAGAAAUGAGCUAGUAGGGAGGAGAAUUCCUAUCCAGCUUGGUUCCCUGUCUAAGCUUGUUAUUCUAGAAAUAUCGGCUAACUACUUAGAAGGAACCAUCCCUGUUUCGUUGUCGAACAUUUCCACUCUUGCAACACUUUCUUUGGCAUCCAAUAACCUAUCCGGCAACAGAUAUUGGCAAUUCCUUGGUAUAAUGGCUAAUGAUUUCGCUGGACCACUGCCUAACUCCAUAGCCAACCUAUCAACCAAGCUUACCAAAUUAUACGUUGGCAUGAAUCCAAUAUCCGGUGAAAUUCCAACCGGAAUUGACAACCUUGUCAGCCUAAACGGAUUAGACAUGGAGGACAAUCUGCUCACCGGAAGUAUUCCUGUUUCUAUAGGAAAUCUUCCAAAUCUGGUUGGUAAUUUUCGAAAAGAUUUUCCACCUUCGCUUGUCAGAAAAUCAAUUAUCUGGUACGAUUCCAAGCUCUCUGGAGAAAUGUCUUUAUUUAGAAACCCUUCAUCUGCAAGGUAUCUAAAUUUGUCUUCUAAUAAUUUCGAAGGUGAAGUUCCAAAACAUGGCAUUUUCAAGAAUGCAAUCAUUUUUGCUAUUUUUCUUGGUUUGUCUUUCAUAAUCUUUUGGAGGAGAAAAUUAGCAAAAACUCUUCAUUCUUCUGAAUCUCCUUCAGAUGGCAAUGAUUUGUUUCAAAAGGUAUCAUACAAAGAGCUUCUGAAAGCAACGAAUGAGUUCUCUGCGGAAAAUUUAGUCGGAGUGGGAAGCUAUGGUUCUGUUUACAAAGGCUUGCUAAUGCUAGGCCAGGAGACAACAACAAUUGUUGCACUGAAAGUUGUGGAUCUAAAUCGAAGAGGAGCCUCGAAAAGUUUCACGGCUGAAUGUGAAGCGUUGAGAUGCAUUCGUCAUCGAAAUCUUGUCAAGAUAUAUACUUCUUGUUCUAGUGUUGACUUCAGGGGAAAUGAAUUCAAAGCUCUAGUCUUUGAGUUCAUGCCAAACGGGAGUCUAGAGAACUGGUUACACCCAACAACAGCAAUUGACUAA